AUGUUUUCCCAGUCUGGAUCCCCCAAGACCACCCUCGAAUGGACCGCCGGUCUCAACAUCGAGAACUUCCCCAAGAAGACUUUCCGUCGUACGGCUAUCAUUGCUACCAUCGGUCCCAAGGUCAACAACCCUGAGAUGAUGGUCAAGCUCCGUCAGUCGGGUGUCAACAUCUUCCGCAUGAACUUCUCCCACGGUUCGCACGAGUAUCACGGUUCCGUCAUCGAGAACGCUCGCAAGUCCGAGGAGUUGUUCAAGGGCCGUCCUCUCGGUAUUGCCCUCGACACCAAGGGUCCUGAGAUCCGUACUGGUCAGACUGUCGGAGAUGCCGAUAUUCCCAUCUCUGCUGGUCACGAGAUGAUCAUCACCACCGACGAGGCAUACGCUGCCAAGUGUGACGACAACGUCAUGUACCUCGACUACAAGAACAUCACCAAGGUCAUCGAGGCCGGCCGUAUUAUCUACGUUGAUGACGGUGUUUUGUCCUUCGAGGUCCUCGAGAUCGUCGACGAGAAGAACUUGAAGGUCAAGUGCUUGAACAACGGAAAAAUCUCUUCCCGCAAGGGUGUCAACCUCCCCAAGACCGACAUCGACCUCCCCGCCCUUUCCGAGAAGGACAAGUCCGACUUGAGAUUUGGUGUCCAGCAGGGUGUCGACAUGGUCUUCGCUUCCUUCAUCCGUCGCGGUGAGGACAUCAAGGCCAUCCGUGAGGUCCUCGGCGAGGAGGGUAAGAACAUCCAGAUCAUCGCCAAGAUCGAGAACCAGCAGGGUGUCAACAACUACGACGAGAUCCUCAAGGAGACCGACGGUAUCAUGGUCGCCCGUGGUGACCUCGGUAUCGAGAUCCCCGCUUCCCAGGUCUUCAUCGCCCAGAAGAUGAUGGUCGCCCGUGCCAACUUGGCCGGUAAGCCCAUCAUUUGCGCUACCCAGAUGUUGGAGUCCAUGACCUACAACCCCCGCCCCACCCGUGCCGAGGUCUCCGACGUCGGAAACGCUGUCUUGGACGGCUGCGACUGUGUCAUGCUUUCCGGAGAGACCGCCAAGGGUUCAUAUCCCAUCGAGGCUGUCUCCAUGAUGCGCGACACCUGUCUUUUGGCCGAGUCCGCCAUCUCAUAUCUCCCCCUCUUCAACGAGCUCCGCUCCCUUGCUCCCCGCCCCACCGAGACCACCGAAACCGUCUGUUCUUCCGCCGUCUCCGCCGCGAUCGAGCAGAACGCCUCUGCCAUCAUCCUUCUCUCAUACUCCGGUGCUACCGCCCGUCUCUGCUCCAAGUACCGCCCCUCCGUUCCCAUCAUCACCGUCACCCGCAACGCCAAGAUGGCCCGUUUCGCCCACCUGUAUCGCGGUGUCUACCCAUUCGUGUACGAGGGUCACAAGCCUACUGACUUGACCCAGUGGCAGGAGGAUGUUGAGAGCAGAAUUGUCUGGGGUAUGCAGCAGGCUAAGGAGAUGGGUUUGGUUACUGAGGGUGACACUAUUGUUGUCAUUCAGGGCUGGAAGGGCGGAUUGGGUAACACCAACACUAUCCGCGUCCUCCAGGUUCCUGAGAACUUGGACGCUUAA